AUGGCGCCACCAGCUCGUUCUCCGUUGGAUGAUGUUUCGCAUCCGAUGUUUCUUCAUCCGUCGGAUGGUCCGAAUUUGAUUCUGGUCUCGCAGCUCUUAACUGAAGACAAUUAUGCUUCGUGGUCGCGAGCCAUGACUAUCUCAUUAACGGUGAAGAACAAAAUUGGGUUCAUUGAUGGCACGAUUUCGGAGCCUCCUGCUGAUGAGUUGAUUAUGCGUAAUGCUUGGAUUCGGAAUAAUAAUAUUGUCAUGUCUUGGAUUAUCAAUUCGGUUUCCAAGGACAUUCAAGGUAGCAUUAUGUACUCGAAUUCGUCAAAAGAAAUUUGGGAUGAUCUAAAAACUAGGUUUUCACAGACAAAUGGUCCUCGCAUAUUUCAAUUGCGUCGUGAUUUGGCGAAUCUUACCCAAGGCAGUCAGUCAGUGAAUGUAUAUUUCACUAAGGUCAAGGCAAUUUGGGAUGAGUUGGCGAAUUAUAGGCCGUGUUGUUCUUGUGGAAAAUGUGAUUGUGGUGGUUUUGAAAAGUUACAGGCUCAUUAUAAUCAAGAGUAUGUCAUGAGUUUUCUUAUGGGGUUGAAUGACAGUCUAGCUUCCACUCGUGGUCAAAUCUUGCUCAUGGAUCCGCUUCCUCCCAUUUCUAAGGUGUUUGCAUUCAUUUCUCAAGAAGAGCGUCAGAGAUCAGUUGUCUCUUCACAUGUUGAUUCUUCUGGAUCUGUUUUUUCUGUCAAGAAUGAGGGGUUUAAGCGGUCCAUUAAUAACCAGUUCUACAAUCCUGGUUUAAAGAAGAGAGAACGCAGUUUCUGCACACAUUGCAAUAUGCAGGGUCACACUGUGGAGAAGUGUUACAAACUUCAUGGAUACCCUCCAUCUUAUAAGCCACAGAAAUCUCGUUUUUCUUCUCAUGUUAAUCAGGUUUCUGGUUUUGAUUCUUCUUUGGAUUCUCAUUCUUCAGAUGCAGGUGUAAGCUCUCAACAAGUGGAUGGUUAUCUUCAGUCAAUGACUCCUUCUCAGUGUCAGCAGUUCAUGUCUAUGUUUUCUUCCCACAUGGCUGCUCAACAGCAACAAUCUACUGCUUCUAUUCAGCCACAAUCUGCUCAUGGAGCUGAUACAGCUACGGUUUCUUGUGUGACAGGUAUUUGUGCUUUAUCUGGUGUUCCUUCUUUGUCAUCUGCUGAUUGGAUUUUAGAUUCAGGUGCUUCUAAACAUAUUUGUCAUGAUAAACAGUUGUUCAUUAAUAUCAGGCCUGUUAGUAAUUUCAGGGUUCUUUUGCCUGAUUCUUCUGUGUUAAUUGUGUCUUUUGUGGGUGAUGUUCGUUUGUCUAAGGAAAUAUUUCUUACUGGGGUUUUUUAUGUUCCUCAGUUCAAGUUUAAUCUUAUUUCUGUGAGUGCUUUUCUUCAAAAUAAUCAGUUUUUUAUUGGUUUCUCUGCCUUUACUUUUGUCAUACAGGACAAGUUCUUCAAGAUGAUUGGCAGGGGUAGAAAAGUUGAGGAACUUAAUGUUUUGGAUUCACCUCCUUUUCUGCCACCUCCUUCCAUAUCUUCUUGUAAUUCUGUGUUUGUUUGUAAUCAAGUCUCUGCCACUGUUUCGCAUAAGAGGCUAGGUCAUGUUCCUUUCAAGAAAUUGGUGUUUUUAAAAGCUUUUCUUCCUGUUUCUUCUGGUUUUGCUCCUCCUAAAGACAGCUGUUGUCAUGUUUGUCCUGUUGCUAAACAAAAGAGACUUUCUUUUCCUUCUCAUAAUCAUGUUGCUGAUCAUGUUUUUGAUCUUAUUCAUUGUGACAUUUGGGGCCCUUAUAAAGUUCCUUCUUAUAAUGGUUUUAAAUAUUUCAUUACUAUAGUAGAUGAUUGUUCCAGGUAUACAUGGGUUCAUUUGGUUCAUUCUAAGUCUGAUGCUUUAGUUGUGAUUCAAAAUAUGUUAAUUCAAAAUAUUACUCACUCUUUAAAACCGCCAAAUCCACCCAAGCCGCGCAAACACGCCCACGCCUAA